UGGUUAUGAUGGCACAGUGCGAGUGUGGAGUCUCCCAAACAAGACCCACCAGUUCCUACAGCAGACUUGUGUUUUCCAUCGAGGACGUGAGGCUGGGGCGGAGGAGCUGGAUGGGAACCCAAUCAACAAUGUCUGUUGGAGCAGCACAGGGAAGUUGCUGGCCGGCAGCAUGGACAACCUGGUCAACAUCUGGAUGAUUGGUGGUGGUAGAGGUCAUUUAAUAGAACAGCCUCAGUGGGUGACGGCUCUGGCCUGGCCAGAGAGCAAGGGAAUGUUUGAGGGAAGAAUAGGCCUGGUUGGAGAUAGCCUGUUGGUGGGUCGGCUGGAUGGAACCCUGUCAUUGAUUGAUAUGAUUGACUUGACCACCUACAGGAGCUUUGACCUGGAACACUGCAGAAGAUGGAAUGUGUCUGUGACAUCCAUCGCAUGGUAUGAGGAAGAUGGCAGGUUUGCUGUUGGCUACAGUGAUGGAGUGGUCUCCCUUUGCAGGAGAGAGGACUUUGAGCAGCCUGUCAACAUUGAGGCACACAAGAGUUCAGUUACCGGCCUGCACUGGGAUACUACUGGCAACCUGCUGGCCAGUCGGGCAAUGAAUGACAGCGAGGUUAAAGUCUGGAUGACUUCAGGAAAUGAUGGCUUCACCGCCUGGAACACCCUGCAACAUUCCGCAGGAAUUACUGAAGUUCGAUGGUGUCAUUUGCCGGGGACUGGAAACAAGAAAAAACUAAUGCUGGCAAGUGGAUGUAGCGAUGGUCUGAUCUAUGUGUGGACAGUGGCCCAGCCCAGUCCUGGAACAGCACCUGUGUGUCCAUGGGUCAGCAUAGAGCCAGCAGUCCAGCCAAAUGCUGCAGAGGUUCACGUCAGCGACCACCAGCAGCCAAGAGGAAACACCAGGAAGAAGCCAGAUGUGUCUCUCUGUGGCCACAUUGCUCCAAUCUCAGCCUUGGCAUUCAGUCCUGAUGGGCUGAUGUUGGCCAGUGGCUGUGCCAAGGGGUGGCUCAAUAUUUGGUCAAUACAGGACAAGUGUUUACUUCAGACGUACACAGGAACUGGUGUCAUUAAAUCUCUGGAGUGGUUUUCUGACCGCAGCUUGGCUGCUUCCUUCAGCAAAUGUAAGGAUGUGGUAAUACUGAACUACAACACUGAGCUCUACCACACAAAUCGAGUAAUGGCACUGGCACGCAAGUCACUGAAGCAGCAGGGCAUCAUGGGGCUGAGUCAGGCAAAGUGCUUCUGUAGCCUUCUGCAGAGACUUCCCUCCAUGUUGCUGGAACAGUAUCAGCAUGAGAAGAGCCAAGUGACAGCAGGAGACCAGCUCCAGAACAGCCAGUAUCUGCAGUGCCUGACAUCCAUGGCUGUUAGUUUACAGCUGGAUUCAGCUCUGUGUUUCUCCCCACUACCCUUGCCUCACAGAACACCAUCUACAGACCUGGAGCAUAUUGUCAAGGAGUGGCAGUGGUUGUUGAUCUACUCAUGUGCCAUCAAAUCUGCUGAUGCCUUGCUGUACAGGCUUCCCUUCCCACAAACUUUCAAGCUGCUCAACAAAGAGAAGAUAGACCCGGAUCUCCAGGCACAAGCAUAUGACAACAAACAAUGGGACCUAACCAUGGAUGGCCAGAUCAUGUCUUGGGCAACACAACAACCCGAAGACUGGCAGACAUGUGGCAGGUGCCAGACCUGGAUGUGGGGUAGUGGAAGACAUGGACAGAUCUGUGAAGGUGGAAGAGUCGCUCUGUUGCCUGUCAAAAUCCCAUCGCUUUCCAAUGCACAACAGAUUGUCUGUGGCCAGAACUGCACAUUUAUUAUCAUGCCAAACGGUUGUCUGAUGUCCUGUGGAGAAGGCAGCUAUGGAAGACUAGGCCAGGGCAACUCAGAUGACAUCCACACCCCAACAGCUAUAUCUGCUUUGCAAGGUUUUGUGGUAGUACAAGUAUCAACAUCGGCUGGUUCUGAUGGACACAGCAUGGCUCUGACGGAGAGUGGUGAAGUGUUCAGCUGGGGAGAUGGAGACUAUGGAAAACUAGGACACAACAACAGUGAGAGACACAAGAGGCCAAAGCAGAUUGAAGCUCUGCAGGGAGAAGAUGUAAUACAGGUGUCCUGUGGAUUCAAGCACAGUGCUGUAGUCACGGCUGAUGGCAAGCUCUUCACCUUCGGCAACGGUGACUACGGUCGACUGGGGCACGGCUCUACAGCGAACAAGAAAGUUCCAGAGAGGGUGAUGGCUUUAGAAGCCUUUCAGAUUGGAAUGGUGGCCUGUGGUCUAAACCACACCCUGUGCAUGUCAGCAGACGGGGGAAUUGUCUGGGCUUUUGGCGAUGGAGAUUAUGGGAAGCUGGGACUAGGCAACAGCUCUCCCAAAUCUGUGCCUACCAAAGUGGAGCUCCUGAAGGACUUCCUCAUCAAGAAGAUUGCCUGUGGGACUCAGUUCUCUGUGGCACUGACCACAGAUGGACAAGUGUACACAUGGGGACAAGAUCGCAUGAUUGGCCAGGGAGAGACACAGUGUGUAAGCCAUUGCAAGCCUGAAAAAGUGAUGCCACUGGCAGGUCAUUUUGUUGAUGACAUUACCACAGGAGCCGAACACACGCUAGUGCUGACCGUCACUGGACAGGUCUGGGGAUGGGGCGUCAACUCUGAUGGACAGUUGGGACUUGGUCAUACCAGCUCUCCAGUAAAAGAACCAGCGCUCAUUCCUCAGCUGUCUGACAUGAAUAUCAAACAAAUUUCUGCGGGAAGGAGUCACUGUGCUGCCUGGUCUUUCCCGCCACCUCCCAAACGUGUCCCAGGAGUGACAGCUCCGCUGCAGCUGGGCUUGCCAGAGACCAUCCCUCCACAGUAUACAUCCCUGCAGAACAUACCUCCAGAGGCAAUCAGAGGCCGGCUGAUUGUGCUGCAUCAUUUUAGUGAUCUCAUCUACUCGUCAUGGAGAUUAGUCAACUUGAUCCCCAAACAAGACUUUUCUGCUGGAGAAUCAGAAGUGCCUGGUAUCUGUGAAGGCCAGCUGCGUCCGUUGCUGUCUCCACGUGUUUACACCCUGCCAAUGGUGAGAGCCAUCAGUAAAACCAUGAUACAGAGCAAGAACUGUGGGCCUCAGAUCACUGUCAAACGGCUGUCAACCAGGGGUAAGAAGUGUCGUCCAGUCUUCACGCAGAUUGCUCAGCAGGUGGUUAAACUGAAGUCUGAAGAUCUCCGUCUGCCAGCCCGGGCAUGGAAGGUCAAGCUUAUUGGAGAAGGUGCUGAUGAUGCUGGGGGCGUCUUCGAUGACACCAUUACAGAAAUGUGUAUGGAACUAGAAUCUGGAACUGUGCCACUUCUGAUCCCCACACCAAACGCCAAGAAUGAGUCCGGCAAUAACCGUGACAGAUAUCUUCUGAAUCCUGCGCUGUCAGCUGAUGACAAUGUGGUACAGUUUAAGUUCCUGGGCAUUCUGUUUGGUGUGGCUAUUCGCACCAGAAAGCCUUUGGACUUACAUCUGGCGCCUUGUAUAUGGAAACUCAUAGCUGGCAUGCCCCUCAAAGUUGAUGAUUUGGAGGAGGUUGACCAUAUCUACAUCCAGAGCUUGAGAGGAAUCAGAGACCUCCAUGAGAGUGGAAUCAAUGAGACCAACUUCCAUGAGUUCAUUCCUAUCGACACAUUUGAGGGUCAGAGUUCCAGCGGUCACAUGGUACCUGUAGUACCUGGAGGUCAAAGUUUACCUGUCCACUUCCACAACCGUAAUGAAUAUGUUGACUGUGUUUUACAGUACAGGCUACAUGAAUGGGACAAGCAGGUGUCACUGAUCAGAGAAGGCAUGUCUGGGAUCAUACCUGUGCCUCUGCUGACAUUACUGACAGCACCUGCCCUAGAGCAGCUGGUAUGUGGCACUGACGAGGUCAACGUUGAAGUUUUACAGAAAGUUGUCAGGUAUCGAGGUAUUGAUGAGAACCACAUUUUGGUACGCUGGUUCUGGGCUGUGCUGGAGUCAUUCACAAAUGAGGAACGCAUCCAGUUUCUGAGGUUUAUCUCUGGAAGAACAAGGUUGCCUAGCAACCCAGCAGACAUUACACAAAGAUUCCAGAUUAUGACUUCUGAUAGGGGACGGGACAGUCUACCCACCUCCCAAACCUGUUUUUUCCAGCUGCGGCUGCCCGCUUACAGCAGCCAGGCAACAAUGGCCAGCAAACUGCGCUACGCCAUCAACCACUGUCGCUCCAUCGACAUGGACAACUACAUGCUGGUCAGGAAUACCGAGACCAGUCAAGAUUCAGAUGAUGACAUUGUCUGA